GGGUAGUCUUGCAGUUUAGCCCUGAGUGAUUCUGUGAAAUUGGAGGAGUGAUUCUUGCUGCUGUUCUUAAGGGAUUGCUGUUGUUAGGGAAGGGGGAAAAAAAAAGCAGAUUUGGCCGUGUGUGUGCAUGUGUGAGCAGAUGCAGAGUGCGUUUGACUGAGGAAUCUGACUACUGGGAUGCACUGAAAGAAGAGAGACGCACACAGACAGAAAGAGAGACAGAGAGAAGAGGAAGCAAGAAUAGGAUUGAAGUGCAGAACAGCUGUUCCCUAAUACUCAGUUCUUUUGGGUGCCUCAAUACAUGUGAACAUGGAUUCUGUCACUGAAAUCAUCUUCAAACUGCUGUUUCUGUUAUUGGUUCAGAACUGGAACACAAUAGUGUCAGGAAAUAAAUAUAAUUGUGAUGAUCAGCUGGUGUCUGCCUUGCCUCAGUCUUCAUUCAGUAGUUCAUCAGAGCUGUCUAACAGUCAUAGUCCUGGCUUUGCAAGGCUUAAUCGAAGAGAUGGAGCUGGAGGUUGGUCUCCUCUUGUGUCCAACAAAUAUCAGUGGCUCCAGAUUGAUCUCGGUGAGAGAACUGAGAUCACUGCGGUUGCUACCCAAGGUGGAUAUGGGAGUUCGGACUGGGUUACCAGCUACCUCCUGAUGUUCAGUGACAGUGGAAGGAACUGGAAACAGUAUCACCAAGAAGAAAUCAUUUGGGCUUUUUCAGGAAAUACAAAUGCAGACAGUGUUGUGUACUAUAAACUUCAACAUUCCAUCAAAGCAAGAUUUCUCCGUUUUGUCCCUUUGGACUGGAAUCCCAAUGGUAGAAUUGGAAUGCGUAUAGAGGUUUACGGCUGUACAUAUAGGUCUGAGGUGGCUGAUUUUGAUGGGAAAAGUUGCCUGAUCUACAGAUUCAAUCAAAAAUCUAUGAGUGCACUCAAAGAUGUCAUUUCUCUGAAGUUUAAAACAAUGCAAAGCUAUGGGAUUCUACUGCACAGAGAAGGACAGAAUGGAGAUCACAUUACACUGGAAUUAGUGAAAGGAAAACUUUCUUUAUUCAUUCAUUUAGGUGAUGGUAAAAUUCAUUCUGCUAAUGACCAAAUUAAUAUUACUCUGGGCAGCCUUUUGGAUGAUCAGCACUGGCAUUCUGUCCUUAUUGAACACUUUAACAAUCAAAUAAACUUUACAGUGGAUAAACACAGCCAUCAUUUUCAUGCAAAAGGGGAAUUCAAUUAUUUGGACCUUGAUUAUGAGCUCAGCUUUGGAGGGAUCCCAGCGCCUGGAAAAUCAGGGACAUUAUCACGCAAGAACUUUCACGGGUGUUUUGAAAACCUUUAUUACAAUGGAGUAAACAUUAUUGAUUUGGCCAAGAGACAUAAACCUCAGAUCUACAUUAUGGGCAACAUGUCCUUUUCUUGUUCAGAGACACAGAUGGUUCCUGUUACUUUUCUGAGUGCCAGUAGCUAUCUAGCAUUGCCUGACACAUCUGGGCAAGAUGAAGUAUACGUCAGUUUUCAGUUUCGCACCUGGAACAAGGAGGGACUUUUGUUGUCCAGUAAACUACACCAGAAUUCAGGUGGUCUCCUCCUUUAUCUGAGCGAUGGGAAAGUUAAAAUGAGCUUCUAUAAACCAGGGAAAAUACAAAGUGACAUCACUGCAGGUGUUGGAUUAAAUAAUGGCCAGUGGCAUUCAGUUUCUUUGUCUGCCAAAAGAAGUCGUAUGAGCCUAACAGUGGACAAUGAUGUAACCUCAUCCACUCAUGCUGCUGUACCUACCCAUAUCUAUUCAGGUGGCACCUACUAUUUUGGAGGGUGUCCUAAUAAUGGCAACAGCUCUGAAUGUAAAAAUCCAUUUGCUGGUUUUCAAGGAUGUAUGAGGCUUAUUACCAUUGGUAGCAAAGCAGUAGAUCUGAUUUCAGUACAGCAAAAUUCCCUUGAUAACUUUAGUAAUCUUCAAAUAGACUUGUGUGGUAUCAUAGACAGAUGUUUGCCUAAUUAUUGUGAGCAUGGUGGUGAAUGCACACAGUCCUGGAACAGCUUCUUCUGCAACUGCACUAACACAGGUUACAUGGGAGCUACUUGCCAUUACUCCAUCUAUGAGCAAUCAUGUGAAGCCUAUAAGCACACAGGGAACACGUCAGGCUUUUACUAUAUCGACUCAGAUGGAAGUGGCCCGUUGGGACCAUUUCUAGUAUACUGCAAUAUGACAGAUACAACUUGGACAAUUAUACAGCACAACAAUACCAACCUGACCAGAGUCAAAAGUGCUAAUCGAGAGAACCCACAUACCGUGUUCUUCAAGUACACUGCAACCCUAGAACAGCUUCAGGCUACAAUUAACUAUGCAGAACAGUGUGAACAGGAGCUUGCUUACCACUGCAAAAAAUCAAGGCUUUUAAAUAAGCGAGAUGGGAUGCCAUUGAGCUGGUGGGUUGGAAGAACCAAUGAAACACAGACUUACUGGGGAGGAUCUUUGCCUGAUGUUCAAAAGUGUGCUUGUGGAUUAGAGGGGAACUGCAUUGAUUCUCAGCAUUACUGCAACUGCAAUGCCGACAGAAAUGAAUGGACUAAUGAUACUGGAUUCCUCUCUUAUAAAGACCAUCUACCAGUAACUGAAAUUGUUAUCACGGAUACAGACCGACCAAAUUCUGAAGCAGCUUACAAGCUUGGGCCUUUGCUUUGUCGAGGUGACAGGACCUUUUGGAAUUCAGCCUCCUUCAAUACUGAGACCUCAUAUCUUCAUUUCCCUACUUUCCAUGGAGAACUCAGCGCAGAUGUGUCUUUUUUCUUUAAGACUACAGCUUCCUCUGGUUUGUUUUUAGAGAACCUGGGAAUUAAAGACUUCAUAAGGAUAGAGCUGCAUUCUCCAUCUGCAGUGACAUUUUCAUUCGAUGUGGGAAAUGGACCAUUUGAAGUUACAGUGCAAUCACCCACUCCCUUAAAUGACAACCAGUGGCAUUAUGUGAAGGCUGAAAGAAACGUCAAAGAAGCAUUGCUACAAGUGGAUCAGCUACCCCAAAGGGCUCUGACUGCACCAUCUGAUGGGCAUAUCCGUUUGCAGCUGAACAGUCAGCUAUUUGUAGGUGGUACAGCAUCCAGACAGAAAGGAUUCCUGGGAUGUAUUCGUUCUUUGCGGUUAAACGGAGGAGCCCUUGACCUGGAAGAGAGAGCAAAAAUAACCCCAGGAGUAGAACCAGGUUGUCCUGGACAUUGUAGCAGCUACGGUAACCUGUGUCACAAUGGAGGAAAAUGUAGAGAGAAAUACAAUGGAUUCUCUUGUGACUGCACUUUCUCUGCUUACACUGGGCCAUUUUGUAAGAAAGAGAUCUCUGCUUAUUUUGGAGCUGACACCUCAGUAGUGUACAAUUUUCAAGAGUAUUAUACCUUAGCUAAAAAUUCCAGUUCUCACGCUUCUUCUUUCUACGCUGACAUGACUCUGACCAGGGAACUGAUCACAUUUACCUUUCGGACAACACGGACUCCAAGCUUACUGCUGUAUGUGAGCUCCUUCUACAAGGAGUAUCUCUCAGUUGUUCUUGCCAAAAAUGGAAGUUUACAGAUCAGGUACAAGCUAGACAGUCAUCAAGAUCCUGAUGUCUUUAGCAUCAACUUCAAAAGCCUGGCUGAUGGGAUGCUUCACCAUGUCAAGAUUAACAGGGAAGAGGAAGUGCUCUUUGUAGAGAUUAACCAGAAUGAAAGGAUGCAAUUCAUUCUGUCUUCAGGUACAGAAUUCAAUGCAAUCAAAUCCCUUGUGCUUGGCAAGAUUUUAGAAAUUAAUGAUGUAGACCAGGAAACUAUGAAGGCAAACUCUCAGGGGUUUACUGGAUGCCUCUCGUCAGUGCAGUUCAACCACUUUGCUCCUUUGAAAGCUGCAUUGCAUCAUACCAGCUCAACACCAGUCAUUGUAAAAGGACGCUUCACUGAAUCUAACUGCGGUACUUUAACUGGAGCUGACUCAACAUCAAGUGAAACAACCCAUUCAUUUGCAGAUCAUUCUGGACCAAUAGACGAGGGUGAGCCCUUAGCUAAUGCAAUCCGAAGUGACUCUGCAAUUAUCGGAGGUGUGAUAGCAGUUGCAAUAUUCAUUCUGCUUUGCAUCACUGCCAUAGCUGUACGCAUUUAUAAAAAGAAAAGCAUAUAUAAAAAAAAUGAGGCAAAAGGAUCAGAAAAUGAGGACAGUGCUGAGACUGCCCUGAAAUGUGAGCUCAGCAUGCAAAGUACAGUCAACGAAAAUCAAAAGGAAUACUUCUUCUGAUUGGCAUUUCUGAUUUAAUUUGAUAUACUAAGGUGACAGUCUGACUUUCUUGCUAAACCAGGGGCUCUCGAUGGACAAAAAAAGCUCUUGCACUCCAAGUAAAUGCAAUGGAUUUGAGACCUAUUAUACUGCAUAUGUUUAGUCUCAGUGAUUGCUAUAGGAGGCCUCUUUAAAUGACAUGCAUUCCUUAGCUAUUAUACCGUAAAUGCAUUUUAUGUAACAGUGAAUUAGAUAUUGUAACCAAUUUCAUUGUUGGUAGUUUCCGACUGUUCUGAUGUGACCUUCUACAACUGAAUCUUAACGUGAAUACUGAAUAUGGUUUUUAAGUAGGAGAAUUGUCAUGAAGCUAUUGCCCCCCAUCCUUCUCUUUAAAAUCUGUGAUUCAGGCAUUUUGUUCAAGGUUAAAAUUGGACUGCAAUGUUUACUUGAGAAGCUCUGCUAUGUUGCUUUAUAGUGAUCCUCGGUGACUUCCUGAUAAAGAAAUUCCUUUUUAACUAUUUUUGGCCAGUAUCCACUUCUGCUUGUGAGCUGUCAAGCCAGAUACCCAAAACUAAACUGAACGGUUGGUCAUAUGAAAUGUCAAAUGUUGUCAUUAAUGGAUCAUUUUCUAACCUGGCUAUGAAGAGUGGGAUAAUUUGAUUUGUUUGGCCCUUUUUAUUCACUUGGACAUAUUGGCAAGCUUCAACUACUGAACUGAAUUUCUAAAUUUGCAGUUCUAUCAGGGUAUAGGCUGAAGUGUGAACAAAGUAUGCCAGUAAAUUUAUAUGUUACGUUUGGCUGUGGGUUGCAGGAUGUUAUCACAUUAUUUACAUAAGAAAAUGCCCUCUGUCUAUUAAACCAUCCCUGCCCAAGGCAAGCUACUUAUUUGAAAAGAUGAAUCAUUUGCUUAUUGAUUAUCAUUACCAGGGCUCAACAAAUCUCUGAAUCUACUCGCCCGUGGAGAGUAGAUUUCAGCUGGUCGCCUGCUCACCAGCGGUGCGCGCAUGCGCAAUGCAGGUCUUGUGCACGCGCAGUGUAGGGCUGACGAGUAGGUUUCACUUCUGUUUGUCAAGCCCUGAUCAUUACCAAUAACAGCAGCAAAAGUAGUAGUAGUAGGCAGGUAAAUUUUGAAAAUUGGAAACUUAUCAAUGCUGCCUAUAUGUAAUUGUCUCCUUUCACUAUAAAAGGUAUGCUGUUUGAAAGCAGCAGCAAAAGUAGUAGUAGUAGGCAGGUAAAUUUUGAAAAUUGGAAACUUAUCAAUGCUGCCUAUAUGUAAUUGUCUCCUUUCACUAUAAAAUGCAUGCUGUUUGAAAGCAGCAGAUAUAUGAUCUUCCACAAGUCCCAAGAUUAAUUUGUAUAAAACAAAGGAAAUCAGUUUCUCUUUUUGAUCCUGGUAAGAUAAGACAAAUGAAAAAUAUCACACUUCCUGAUACUCUAAUUCUCUUGCACUGCACCCCAUAGUAAUUCCACCACAGUAAAAUAUUACAGUGAAUUAUAAUAAUUUUCCUUUUAAGCCAAACAUACAGACUUGUUAGGCCAAAAUUUUGAGUCUGGCCUCUAAACCUGAGCCAUUCGGGGACAUGAGCUUUUCUGGAGUUAAGCUUUGUAUUCCUAAAACUUAAGAAAUGAUAUUUUCAUUAUUAUAUCCAUCUGAGAAGAUAGGAAUGGUGUUUUAGAAAUUACUCAGUGCUGGCCUGAUUCUUCUUUCAUUGAACCCCUGGUGGUACCCCGGAUUCAAUAAGAAUAGAAGGUAGGUCUACACUGCAGAAUUUUUUUCAGAAAAAUGGCUGUUUUCUGAAAAACUUCACUUGAGUCCACACU